AUGUUGUCCCGCCGCAUGUUGUCGCACGAAGAAGAGGCCCAGAUCGGCGAAGAGAAAGAAGUUCGCCGCGAAGACCAGGAGAAGAUUAAUCGCUUCAGUCGGCUGCACUCCCGCGAGAAAGGGUUGGAGGAGCAGCUGAAAAAGGAGAAAGAAGACCUGGAAGAGAUCUCCACCGAGCUCGAGCUUGCCGACGAAGACGACAAGGUUCCGUACAAGAUAGGCGACUCAUUCUUCUCACUGUCGGUAUCUCAAGCCCAAGACCUCCUAUCAUCCACAGUGGAGAAAAUCGAUGGCGAGGUCUCCUCACUCCACGACAGAUUGAGUGAGCUUCGAGACGAGAUGCAGGAACUCAAGGCGGCGCUUUACGGCAGGUUCGGUCGAAGUAUCAACUUGGAAGCGUGA